GUUACUGUACCUCCCUCUCUCGUUCGUGAUACCCCACGUGGCAUGUUUUCUGCGCUCUCUGCACUCUUCCUCUCUGUCUCUCUCUCACACACCCCGACCCCGCCAAUUUCCCUCCCCGGCCCCCUCCCGCUCACCCCCCCCCACCCGUCACCCACACACACACUUUCUCUGUGUGCGAAAUCGUUCCUCGCUGUACCGAUGCAGCGGGCAUCUUUUCUCAGCGCUGCUGUCUCAUGAGGGAGAGGUGGGGAAGCGGUGGAAAAUAUGAGAAUGUUGCCCUGUAUUCGUUCAUGUAUUCGUUGAUGGUGAGCGCCACGUGGAAGUGUGGGAGAUUGAGGAAGUCGGACAGAGACGACUUUCAGGCAUAGUAGUUCAGCGAGGAAAAAAGGAGCGUGUGCAGGGUUCUUCUGCACAUCUUAUGUUUCAUGGCAGCAAACGGAAAGUGAAGUCUUAUAUGUUGGUUGAGAGAAUUGCUAGUGCUUGACUGAGGCGCUACUUCUUUCAUCAUCUAUCAAUGGCUGCCAUCCAGGCACGCCCGAAUGGAGGGGAUCCGGAUUGGCUGUCCAAACUGAGCUUGCCUUCGUCCGACCCAACCCUGAGAUCUGAGAAGUUUUGCCUUGUCACAGGUGGUAGAGGGUUUGUUGGUCGGCAUCUAGUGAAGAAGCUCCUUGAGGAAGAAUGGACUGUGCGGAUCUUUGACCUGGCUCCUCAGUUGGUCCUUUCGGAGGAAGAAAAGCUAGGCAUCUUGGGGACUGCUGUCCUUCAAGGACGUGUUGUGUUCAUUAAUGGCGACUUGCGCAACAAGGAGCACAUUAUGCAAGCUGUGCAGGAUGUGUCAACUGUGUUUCACAUGGCUGCGCCGAAUCCGCGCGUCAAUGACUACGCACUCCAUUAUGAGGUUAAUGUUGAAGGAACUCAGAAUGUUAUUGAUGCAUGCCUCGAGGCAGGUGUUAAGAAACUUAUCUACACCUCAUCUGCAUCAGUUGUUUUUGAUGGAGUUCAUGAUAUCAAGAAUGGAGACGAAAGCUUGCCUUAUCCAGAAAAGCCUCUUGAUGCAUACUCGGAAACGAAGAAGCAGGCAGAACAGCUUGUUCUACAAGCCAAUGGCCGGAAUGGGUUGCUUACAAUCUGCCUAAGGCCCAGUGCUGUCUUUGGUCCUGGAGACAAUGUCUUCCUGCCAACAAUUGUUGGUAUGGCCCGAGCUGGUAGAAUGAAGUUCAUUAUUGGUUCUGGUGAAAACGAGAUGGAUUUUACCUACGUCGAAAAUGUUGUUCAUGCACACAUACGUGCGGAAUCUGCUCUUGUUCCAAGCAAGGCGAACGACGAGUAUGACAAUCCUUCGGGAAAGGUUUACUUUAUCACAAAUGGGGAGCCUCACAGAUUCUGGGACAUCGUGUUUGAAAUUCUUACGUCCCUUGGAUAUGACUCGCCGAAAGGGAGUCUACCUCUCUCAGCAGUGCUACUGAUGGCCCAGGGGAAUGAGCUUUUUCGUAAAGCUCUGGCGCCUCUUGGCGUUCCUCUUGGGGAUUUUUCUCCAUCGAGAGUAAAGCACACGACGGUGUGGCGGACAUUCUACUGCAGCCGUGCGGCAAAAUUGUUGGGCUAUGCGCCUAUUAUCCCAUUAAAGGAGGGACUGAGGCGAACCAUAGAGGCGUAUCCUCAUCUGAGGGCUGAAAAUGCGCCAGAAAUGGCUCGUGAUUUCUCUGCGUCGAAAGUUCAUGCCAAAUUGGGAGGUGGAAAAGUUGCCGACGUCCUGCUAUGGAGGGAUGCUUUGCAAACGACAAUAGUGUUUUCGUUUGCAGUCGUCCUUUUCUACCUCCUCUUUAUGUCUAAGUUCACACUGGUAUCCCUUUUUGCGGAUGCAGCAAUAUUGUUCUCGAGCAUUUGCGCACUUUAUGGAUUCUCCAACAAGGUUCUUGGAUCAUUCGGAUACGAACUUUGGGAUAUUCCACCAGUUGAAGACUUGGAGUUCAGGGAGGAAUCAACAAGAGCGAUCGCCACAAGGAUUACGUCAAGUGUGAAUGCGCUCUCACCUUUGCUGACAGUGCUGCUCAAGGGGAGGAGCCCGAAAGUGACAUUGAAGGCGAUUGCAUUCUUCUGGUUGCUGGCAAAGGUGGGAAGAUUCGCUUUGCGUGCCCAGCUUGGUGUAUUGAUGUUUCUUGCCUUCAGCAUCCCAGUUAUGUACGAUCGCAACGAGGAAGCAGUAGAAAAGUUGGCUGUGAUGGCGAAGAACAGAGCCUUGGAAGUCAAGGAUCAGACUCUCAGUAAGCUCCCCCCAGCUGUCCAGUCAAAAUUUGUUGCUCAGAAAGCAAAAAAGAGGCUGUGAAUGUUGUUGACCUCUUAAUGGCAACAGCUCCAGUCAUUGUUCCAUGGCACCAUGCCAUCCAUAUGUUGACCUCUUAAUGGCAAACUUUCUACUCGGGCACACAGAUUUCUUCUGUGUUGGGCUCAUAUUGUCAGGUGCUGGCCAGUUUGCUCAGAAGAGAUCGUUCCGUUGACGAAUAGAUAAAUACCUCCAUGUAUU